AUGGCUAACACGGGCUACACAUCGCCGUUCCCAACGUCCCACGAUACCAUCGGGCAAUCUACUCUGGUCACGCCCCUCUUUAUGCCCUCUUCUCCACCGCAACAACCCUCCAGUCCAGCAACGGAAGUACCUCAAUCACCACAAUCUCCGCAGUCACCGCGAUCACCUCAAUCUCCACCGCGCCCAGAGAGCCCGGACUCCGAACACUUUGACCCUCACCAAGAUGAAAGAAUCGAAGUCAAUUUGAGCGAUCACGAAUCAGAUCAUGAGGAUCUACUGCAGGACUUGUCCCGCCCAUCAACACCUGGAAGUCCAAAUGGUUCCGACUUGGAUGCGCGCCUAGCCGACUUCACUCUUGACUUCAGCGCGUUCCCGAGCAGCAAAUUCUUAGAUGGCAAGGAUGAGCCACCACUGCCGGACUCAAAGGAGGAUCAGGAAGACAAGCUGUCCGAUGUCGGUGGGCCUGAAGACUUUACCGCGAAUAUGGAGCGAUACCUGAUGGGCGAGGGCAUGUCGAGUAUCAGGAAAAGCCGGGUCAAUGAACAGAGUGAGCUACCACGAUCGGCAUCACGAUAUAAGUCCUCGAGGUCACAGCAACCAGCGGUUGAAGAGGAUGCAGAGUCUGGCGAAAUCAGUGAGUUCGGGCCUCCAGUCGACAUGUCCACACCAUCACAUCUGUUGCACCGAACUAGCGCACUUGCAAGGGAUUCGACACAACUGGAAGAUAUCGAAGAAGAUCCCCAUGAUGGACUUUCCGCCAUGGCAUCUCCAUCCGAGCGCAAAAUGUCAAUGACUCCCGAGCAUGAGGCGGAAAAUGUGGAACAGCGGUUGCAGCAGCGCAUCGCCGAGUUAGAGGAUGAAGUCCAGAAUCGAGACGAGCAGCUCCAUAAGAACCGAAAGCGGGUCCUCGAAGCCGUUUCUGCUGUAGAGCAGAUCCGACACCUUCAGGCUGAGCUACAGCUCAAGAAUGAACAGCUGGACGAAAUCUCCGCGAGAAGUGGAGAUGAAGCGAAGUUACGUGAGCAAAUAGAGGCCCUCCAGCGACAGAAUGAGCAGCGCGAGAAGCUACUGCAGCAAUCUACGACAGGACAGUCGAACUUUGGCGUGGUUGAGCAGCAAAUUCGAGAUAUGCAGAAACAGUUGCAGAACCGGGAUUCCCAGAGCUCACUAGAUGCUGAGCGCUUGGAAACGAUUUCCCAUCUGCGGCAGCAACUGAGCCUCACGCAGGAACAACUGAAAAAGCGCGACGAAACUUUGGACGAGACAAUGACCAAACUGAAAGAAAUCACCCGGGCAAAGGAGGUCCAGCUCCAUGAGAAGAAUGCUGAAAUUGACAGACUCAAGGGCGAGAUCGACGAUCAAGGUCUGGAGAAUGAGAGACUGGAGACCGAACUUGAGCGCGUGAACAGGGACUACGAGGCGCUCGAAGAUCGUCUGACUGCUUUGGAGACGAAGAGUGGUCCGCUUGAAGAGAGGAAUCACUCUCUCGAGGCAGACCUCACUCGCGUUCAGUCACAGGUGGAAGCGCAAGAAAGCGCUCUCAAAGCAGUAGCAGCUGAUCUGCCCAUCGCUAGCCGAAGCACAUAUAGCGAGAUCCUUGAUCUGAUUAAGGACCUCGGUGGCGAGGAUCCCGCACCGAGAACUGGCUCUUCCCCCAAGGAGAAAUCCUUCGAUGAUAGCGGUAUGCAGCAAGUAGGACAGGAAAUCGCCAGGCUCCAGCAAGAUUUGCAGGAAGCCACCGCCUCUCAGAAGGCUGCGGAUGCUGAAGCCAACAGCCUGAGAGAACAGCUCUCAGAGACCCAGAACCUGAUCAAGGCAAUCGAAAAGGAGAAUUUCCGCCUGACCACACGCAUGGAGGAGCUGACCUCCAACCUCAACAAGACUCAACACGAGUUGACACGCACACAAGAAGAGCACGCCGAAUCUCUUGAGACCAUUGCUCAUCUCCAAGAGGACGCCCUCGGCCAACCCCCGAGUCCACCUCCUUCACCACCUCGGACUCGCGCCGAACAAGCAGAAGCACAAGACGCUACAAACACCGCGGAACUGGAAGCAAUGCAUCAAGCCCAGAUUCGAAGCUUGCAGACCGCCCACUCCACUGCCAUCUCCACUCUCCGCUCCUCCCACGCUGAAUCGAUGCGGAAGAUCCGGAAUCUUCUCACAUCAGCCGAACAGCGUGAAGCAGAGCUCCGCACGGAACUCACGACCAUCCGUACCUCAAUUGCAACCCAGGAAUCAUCAUUGCGAAAGACAUUCAAGUCUGAAAUAAGACGACUGGAGGCUGUCAUUGCCGCCAAGGAUGAGACCUCCGCGGCUGUAGACGAGCGCAUCGCAUUGUCUGUGGACAAGCGGGAACGUGAAUGGGAACGGCGUGUGGAUCUACUGCUGAAAGAGCGUGACCGUAUGGCCAAGGCUCUUAUGAUGUACUGGGGCGAGAAGGAAAUGGGCAAAGGCCCCGGCCCGUUGGCUGAGGGCAAGGGGAAUCGCCGACGGGAAAGAGAUGAUGUGGAUGUAAAGCAGGGCCAGGCGUACAAGUACAAGUAUGCUCAGAAGCAUCGAUCUAGGAGUGGAGAUAAGGAGGUAUAA